GAGCCGUAGCUAUCGCAAACCCUUUCCUCCACCUCUGGUCGUCGUGCAACCUCUCUCCCAUAUACUCUUGCUCAUUAUCUGCAAAAGCACUUGGACUCUGCGUUGCCCAAAAUGCUUGCAGUUCGUUCAUUCGCGUCUCCGGCCCGGAGACAGUGUCUUCACCCUGCUCGUUCGUGGGCUCCCACCUCAAUCCAGGCUCGACGCCAAUACGCGACUGGCUUUUCAGAAAAGGAGAAGGUUGCCCAGUUCCACGGCCAGAAGGGUUCCGACGGGCUAUAUACAGUCAGUUUGAUUGAGGGUGAUGGGAUCGGACCUGAAAUCUCCCAAUCUGUGAAGGACAUAUUUGCUGCUGCUAAGGCACCAAUUAAGUGGGAGCCAGUCGAUGUGACCCCGCAAUUGAGAGAUGGCAAGACUACGAUCCCGGCCGAGACAAUCAAGAGUAUCGAGAAAAACAAAGUAGCUCUUAAGGGACCUCUUGCUACCCCCAUUGGAAAAGGUCAUGUCUCUCUCAACUUGACCCUCAGACGAACAUUCAAUCUCUUCGCCAAUGUCCGACCCUGCCGAUCUAUUGCUGGAUAUAAGACCCCCUACGAUAAUGUCGAUACAGUGCUUAUCCGAGAGAACACCGAGGGAGAAUACUCGGGUAUUGAGCAUGUUGUCGUAGAUGGUGUUGUGCAAAGCAUUAAGCUUAUCACAAGAGAGGCCAGUGAGCGAGUGCUUCGAUUUGCGUUCCAAUAUGCGGAGGAUGUUGGAAGACUGAAGGUUCGGGCUGUCCACAAGGCUACCAUCAUGAAGAUGAGCGAUGGUCUUUUCUUGAGCACGGCGGACCGCGUUGCCAAGGACUUCCCAAGUGUCGAAUUCGAUGCCGAGCUUCUGGACAACACUUGCCUGAAGAUCGUUACCGACCCCUCCCCCUACAACGACAAGGUCUUGGUUAUGCCCAACCUCUACGGUGAUAUUCUCUCGGAUAUGUGCGCUGGUCUCAUCGGUGGUCUUGGUCUUACACCUUCAGGUAAUAUCGGAGACGAAUGCUCCAUUUUCGAAGCUGUUCACGGAUCUGCUCCAGAUAUUGCUGGUAAAGGUCUCGCUAACCCAACCGCUCUCCUUCUCAGCUCUAUUAUGAUGUUGAGACACAUGGAAUUGAACGAUCAUGCGACAAGAAUAGAGAAAGCCAUUUUCGAUACUCUUGCAGAGGGCAAGACAUUGACAGGUGACCUGGGUGGAAAGUCGAAGACACACGAGUAUGCUGGAGCGAUCAUCAAGCGCCUGUAGUUUGUAGAUAUACCCAUGGCGGGUUGUAGACUGUACCACAAAUCAACUGCAUAGUGCGAAUCAGGAUUUUGCGCGUG